AGUAGACGUCAAUCAAGAAACAGGAAGCGCAUACAACCGUGGAGCUCCCACUGUCGGGUGAUUGAUGACGGAGAACUUGUGCGUCCGAAAGGAAAGUCUGGUGUCAACUUCGCCGCUUUCCAGGCGCUGAGCCUUCUGCUUGCGAUGGGAGACAUGAAGACCCCAGACUUUGAUGACUUGUUGGCAGCGUUUGACAUUCCUGACAUUGAAUCUAUUCAUUCAAGUCCAGAGGUAGACAAUGUGGCAGUGAAUGACACUGAUCCUUCUCCCGCACCUUUUCGAAAUGACCCCUCUGCUGUCAGUGUCAUCGUAAAGAACACGACAGAGUCCUGUGAAAAUGAGCCGACGAUGGUCAAGGAUGAUUCAAAGGGGAACAUACUGUCAAACAGUGACAUAAAAGCUGAGACUUUCUUAAGUUUAGAUCAUGUGGAUUCACCAACGGGUGCCAAACUACACACCGAUAACAGCGAGGCACCCUUUGCUGCCAAUGGUUUUGAAGGUUCCUCCAGUGAUCCAGCACAGUCAGAACAUUUGCCAUUCAAGUCCUUAUCGGAGAACAGUGAUGGUCACUGUAAACAGGUCGAUCAAUCCCCUCAGCUCACGACAGAUGUCAUUAAACAUUUUAAACAUCUGUAUCCAAAGAACUCGACAGAUUUUAGUCCUAUAUCACCUGUUCCCUCCCCAAGCCCUCAACGUUCACCUCCAUCCCCCAAGAGAGAGGAGGCUCACCUUCCUGAUGACUUGCCGUCUGCUGCAGCAUCUGACGGCAGCAGUGCUAAACCAGUGAGUAAGGAUGUGGCACACUACGAGGAUGACGACUCUGAACCAGACUUUGGAAGUCCACUGGUGAUCCAAGAAAGCCCGGACUUUGUGAUGGCGUCUCCAAAAAGACGGAGACAUAGGAGACGAUUUUCAAGCGAAACUGAAAACGUGUCAUCUGUCUCGCAGCCUUCUCAAAUGUCUCUUCCAUGUGAGGACAAAGUCACCACCCCAAGUUUACCCCCUCCUGCUCCCUCACCUCAGAGUCCUCAAAAUACUGCUUCUGUAGCCAACACAGGAUCUGUAAUACCCCAAGCAGAGAAAUAUCCGGAGCAUGUCAUCGACGAAAGGGAUUCACCUGAGAGCCCACCCCCGAGUGAGACGGGCAUGAUCCCACCGAGAAGCACCAGUCCAGAGUUGGCUGCAACUACUGAUCUGUCAAUGGACCACAUGAGCCCGGACCACCAGGAUAAACCCAUGGAUGACAGACCUAGUGAUGUAGAAGUGUCCAAUGCCGCCAAAGAGUUGACUGAAAAUAUUGUGCAGCUCAGCGAAGUAAACAAGGAAGAUGGGGCAACAGAAACGAGAGAAGCCACGCCCACAAGUUCAGCUGUUUUAGAUACAACGCAUGUACUUCCACUGAAGGUUAAGAUUAAAGUGCCUAUGGGCUCCCUCACAAAAUCAGGAGCCAGUACCGUGUCGAAAAAGACCGGAAAGAACACUUGUAAAGCUGCUGGUGGGUCAAAGUCACUCCCACCUGAUGACUCAAGACUAAGAAGUGAGUUAACACACCACCUGUCCCCUGCAGUCCUUCAGGACGCUGCUACGCUGAAUGGACACAACACGGCUCAAGACAAGGGUUUGCCCACCAAGCCCCCGGUGUCAUCCACUGCUGUUAUCAUCACCAGAAGCGCUGCGCUUCCCACCGUCUCUGCCGCGUCAUGCCGGGUAAGUGGGCUCAACCUGCUCAGUCAGAAGGCUCUAAACAACGGGACGACGUCGGCUCGACCCGCUUCCAUCGUCAACACCACUGGGGCGACCAUAUCCAAGAACCAGACCAAUUUGGUGGAGUCCUUCAACAAAAUCCUCAACACCAAGAACCUGCUGCCCAGUUACAAGGCAGAUUUGACGGCUCCUCCUGCAGAGUGGGGUCUCCCUUUGCCUGCUCAGGGCUACCGCUGUUUAGAGUGUGGGGACUCCUUUGCGCUGGAGCAGAGUCUGGCGCACCACUAUGACCGCCGCUCACUGAGAAUCGAGGUGACCUGCAACCACUGUGCCAAGCGUCUGGUCUUCUUCAACAAGUGCAGCCUGCUUUUACAUGCCCGCGAGCACAAGGAGAAAGGCCUGGUCAUGCAAUGCUCCCACCUGGUGAUGAGGCCCGUACCUGUGGAGCAGAUGAUCAGCCAACAUGGUCCAGCCACCAAAGGACAAUCUGCUGCCAACACCACCAAGCCUCUUCACUCUGUCUCAACCAAGUCAUCGGAAUCUCUCCAGUACAUCAAUAACAAAUGUUCCGAGUGUCAGCUCCAGUUCAGCAGCAGGGAAGAGGUGGUGCAACACUUCCAAGAAGUGCAGCCUUCACAGAACACUGCGUGUGCCGAGUGCUCUCCCCCGAUGCUGCUGCCCAACAGCUGCAGUGCUGCAGCUCACCAACGUGUCCACCAGCGAAGCGCCCCCUUCGUGUGCCCGGAGUGUGGCGGCACCGCAAAGCAGGAGACUCUCCAGAAGCAUUUGGAUGAGACGUGUUUGCACUUUUCUCGACGGAUCGGCUACAGAUGCUCCAGUUGUCUGGUUGUUUUUGGAGGGUUGAACUCAGUCAAGUCUCACAUCCAGCAGGCUCACUGUGACACCUUCCAUAAAUGCCCCAGCUGCCCCAUGGCUUUCAAAUCUGCCCCGAGCACGCUGAGUCACAUCACUGCCCAGCACCCGACACUCACCGGAGCGCAGGCCAUGCUCAUCUACAAAUGUGUCAUGUGUGACACCGUCUUCACACAGACCUCAGUCCUCAGCGUCCACUUUGAAACCCAUCUAACCAACCAGCAGGUGCACGUGUUCAAGUGUCCGGAGUGCACCAAGCUGUUUUCUCAGAGGAGCUCCCUCCUCGAUCAUUUCAAGAUGCACCAGGCGGCAACACAAGACUCGGAGCCGUCUUCUUCUCCCCUGCAACCGACUACGUUCAGCUCUGCUGAGGAAGAACCGAUGGAUCAGGACGCAGAGGAAGAGAAGUCAGAGAAGGUGAAGGCACCGUCCGGCUGGAAGUGCGCGCCCUGCCAGACACGGUUCUCAGAUCGCCAAGACUUUAUUGAACACAUGGCUAAGGAGCACAGCAAGAUCCUCAAGAAGUUCCCUUGCAACAAGUGUGACAGCUCUUUCACCACCACCUCCAGCAUGAGGCGCCACAUCCGAGACAAACACAAGGUGGUGAACCGAGUCUUCCGCUGCCAGUUCUGUACUGAGGGGAAGAAAACCUUCAGCAGCCGGGCCCUGCUGGACCGACACGUGCAGCUCCGACACAGUGGGGAAACACAGGAUGGAAAGGCGGACAGCUCCUCAGCCAAGUCUGCUGGUUUACGGGCUCGACGUAGACGGAGAAGAGAUGUGAAGGUGGACCAGGCCGAAGAGUCCUCAGACGCCGCCAGCCCUGACAAGAAGCCACGGCCCGCCUCCUCCUCUCAGCCCGAGUCUGGAUUCCGCUGCGCUCCCUGCGGCUUCACCACAGAGGACCAGCCUGCUUUCCUGGAACACAUCAGCCAGCACCUCCAGGCGGCACCAGAGGGCAGUAGUCAGCAGUGUCUGCAGUGCGGCGCCUGCUUCACCUCCACCUCUUCACUGGCGCGACACCAGUUCAUCACUCACAAAGUGAAGGACGCCGCCGCUGAUCAAAUGAGCGGCGGGCGAAUUGCCGCUUCCCUUGUGAACAGCAGGGGUGUGGAUGAGCUGAGUUCACAGGGAGGGUCGGCACCGGCGUCCCCCUCCUCUCAGGGGAAGGGGGAGGAGGACAAACACGCCUGUAAGGUUUGCAAGAAGAGGUUUGAGAAGCCGUCAGAUCUCAACACACACUUCAGAACUCAUGGGAUGGCUUUCAUUAGCGCCAGGAACUCUGGGAAAUCCACCUGAAGAGAGGACGGGCCCGAGUCAGCUCAGUGUGACGCCCAUCUCUAACCAAAGAUCAGAAAGUAGUCAAGCUUGGUUAGUGUGACCAGUUCAGCGAGCUUGUGACUAUUGGUGUCCAGAACUCUGCUGCCUUUCUGGAUAUAAUUGAGCUCAGUUCAAUAUCUUGAAUGUGUAUCUGAGCCAGGACACGGACCAAGACCUCAGUCCCUCUGCCCAGUCCUCUCUGGGCCACUGGGUUUCUGUGGCAGAAGCGGCGGCUCAGUGUCUCUCUCUACUGAAUGUAAACAAGGAGCCAGAUCUGGAACAGACUUCUGGAUUUGGUGACAGUGAUUAAGGGAUUGAGGAAAACCUGCUUCUGUCUUCGAUCAUUUCAAGAAUUUCACACACCUUUCUGUGCAUCUAACAUUUGCAGUUCCUGCUGUUUUGAGUUUUGCGUUUGGAUGAAAAGUAUUUUAGGAGUGAUAUUUGUGUUCUAAAUCACUGCUUUGCUUGAAAAGCUUAUCAUGUUGAUACACUUUAUUUGACAGAUGAAAGUGGUAGCUGUCUGUGUGUGUGUGAUCCAGUGAGAAUCAGAUUUUAUAACAUUGAAUUAUUGAAAAUGCAACACAGGGUCUUGGUGGAUGUGGGCUCAGUAUUUGGUGAGUCGUGUGUGUCACAGUCACUCACAUAUUUCACUCUCAAAUGUACUUGAAUUAAAGACUGUCUUACGGUCAUGUCUUUGGGUGACACACUGUAGAUCUUGCUCAGUUUCUUUGUCUCACCGUCUGUUCAUGAAUCUGUCUUGCUUUCUUUUCCCCUGUCUUACUGUCCUUUUGACGGUAACUGCCUCUUACACUGUCUCUCAGUUCUUUCUCGCUCCCUCAUCGUCACUCUGAAGCCCAUCUUCUCCACAUCCGUUUCACCCUGUUUUUGUUCCUCUUUCACUUCCACCCCUCUCUAAAGUGCAGGCCUGACACAUUUGUCACUUCAUCAUUCAGGUCUGCUUCUCGAUAAGUCAUCAGUGAAGGGUUUCAGAAGUCACCCACCAACUACUGAGCUCACAUCUCCAUCAGAACAACGUCAUAUUCAUUAUUCACCCACGUAAAAAGGACGCCUUCAUGGUCAUGCUGUGUCACGUUGAGGGCUGUUUCUGCUCUGCUCGGGAGUCGAUGUAGCUCUGUGCGCUUCAAGUCUCAGGGCAGCACUCAGGUUCCGGUGUUGACUUUUCUGUGAUCUCACUUUGCUUGCAUGUACAGAGCUGUACUAAUCUGCCAUAACAUUAUGACCACCUGCUUGAUAUUUUCUCUCCUUUGCUGCAAAGACUGCAGCCUUUAUUUCAUCUGCCGUGGUCAGUACCAGUCCAAAACUAAAAAUAUUUCCCCUUCUUAACCGCAGGACGGGUACUGACCACUGCAGACUAGGACAACACCUAGUAGCUGAACUGUUCCUGGAGUUUGAUUGACAGGUUGUGUAUCUCGCACUCGGUAAAUGCAGAUGAUAAAAAUAAAAG